AAGAUGUUUGGAAGAGAGGAUUAAUUAUGUCAUGAAACAACUCCAAAAAUAGUUUGGUACUAAGGGGCAAAGUAAAACAAAUGGAGGAUUGUUGUUUUAGAAAAUAGUAAUUUGGGAUCCCUCUGUCUGUUUCAAAGUGUUGUUGAUUGUUGAUGUGCAAAGAUGACAGUGGCAGCAGGAAUUGGAUACGCUUUGGUAGCUCUUGGCCCUUCUCUCUCCCUCUUCCUCGCUCUCAUUUCCAAGAAACCCUUCUUGAUCCUCACCCUUCUUUCCAGUACAUUGGUAUGGCUUAUGAGUCUGAUAGUGAUGUCAGCACUUUGGAGGGCUUUCCUUCCACUGAAAACCACAGUAUGGUGGCCGUACACAAUCCUCAUACUCACUUCUGUUGGUUUUCAAGAAGCUCUCCGUAUUCUCUUCUGGAAAGUUUACAAGAAGCUGGAGGAUAUAUUGGACGCAUUUGCUGACCGAGUCUCUAAACCUCGUCUCUUUAUGACAGACAAGAUGCAAAUUGCUCUUGCUGGCGGUUUGGGACAUGGGGUGGCUCAUGCUGUGUUUUUCUGCCUUGGCCUUCUCACACCUGCAUUUGGACCAGCGACAUAUUAUGUAGAGAAAUGUUCAAAGAUGCCCUUUUUUCUUGUUUCUGCAAUUAUAGCCCUUGCAUUUGCCACCAUCCACACUUUCUCCAUGGUUAUUGCAUUCAGUGGAUAUGAAGAAGGAAACAAAGUGGACCAGUGUUUUGCUCCAGUUGUUCACUUCAUUGCUGGCAUGUUGACACUGAUAAAUCUUGCAUUUGGAGGCUGCACGAUUAGCAUUCCACUUCUCUAUUGCGUAGCAAUUGUGACCUUGGUACACUGCGGAAAGAUGGCAUGGAGGAGAUUGAUAGAAAACCGAAGCAGGGAAGGAAACUUGAGCAAUAGCCAGUAAUUGCCAGAUAUCUGAGGCUUGGAACAUAUUCAGUAGUGUAUUGUCUCAAUUGAAACUGUAAUCUUGCACACAAGCGACUCCCGUCCACCCCUUUUGCCAAGGGCGUCGGCUAGUAAAGUCUUUGUUGUAGGCUUCCAAAGUAUUAUUUCAUAGUGAUUUUCUUUUGGCCAAAUACAUAUACGGCCACUCAAACUCGACAUGAAAAUUUAUUGCAGCACUUGAUCUUCUUAGCCUUGUACUUAUUGAACACAUAAUAAUGUUACGAAAAAAAACAAAAGCAAGCUGUCUAUUCAA